AUGUCCUCCCAACAGGCCCCUCCGGACCCGGAGCGGGAAUACAACCUCAUUUCGCAGCUCGAGAUGCGCAUCGCCUCAGCUUCGACAGAUGCCAAACUGGAAUCGAUCCUGCAAAAGUUCCUACCGGCUUUGGUGUUGAAGUUGGCUUCCCCGACGCCCAGAAACCGCAACCUCGCGAUCAAAGUGUGCCAGUACAUCAACCAACGCCUGAAGAUCACGGCGGAGAUCAAACUGCCUGUCGGGGCGCUGGUCAAGACGUUCCGAGGCGCGGACAACGCCUUCGUCAGGAGAUUCUGUCUCAUCUUCAUCGAGCAGGGUCUGCCGAGGUUGGACACGUCCGAGGCCAGGGACACCUUGCCUGGGGUAUUACAAUUCGCUGUACCCACGCGCGAGAGCUACGACGCUAGCGACCGCAAGAUGUGGGCAAUCGCGUUCGACUUUCUAUUCGAGGCGCUACGCAAGUGGGGGAGCUUCCCUGAACGAGGCACCAAGGAAGACCUGGCGCUCAAGGAGACGUUCGCCCUGUCCGAAGUGCAAACCGAUCUUCUGGUCAGUCGUCUGUGUGAUUUCCUGCUUUACGAUCCCAAAGACGUCGGCUCAGCCAGCAAUUUGGCGCAAGAUGAAGAAGACUUCAAGCCCGUGUUCGACAAGAAUUUCAGACGCCGCUCUGAAGUGGUCCUCCCGAUCGCCCGGUUCCUGUUCACUUCCAUCUUCACCGACCAACAACGCUUCGUCCCGGCGGUCAUCAUGGCUGUCGACGCCAACACCGCCGCAGCUAGCAUGAGCGAUGUCAUGUUCAAGCAGUGCAAUUUUGAGCUCGAGGCCGAUGCGACUAUCGACUCUCUUUUUGCGUUGUAUCGACGCGGCAGAGCGAGGCCGAAAAUGCAGACGCGGAUCCUGUCCAUCCUGUCACGCAGCCAGCAGUCAACCACCCGCACACAAGAAAUCAUGACAAUGGUCGAGACACAGCUACUGAACGCCGGCACAUCGGGGGGUUUGGAGGCGGCCAAACUUCGCGCAGCCCUCUUCUCAUACCUGACCUGGACUGUGCACGUAGGCCAGAGUCAGCAUCUCGGCCAAAUCAGCGCGCGGCUUCAGGAUCUGUUGAAGGAAUACAUUGAGAUACAAGGCUGGCCGGUGAUGAACGAGAACGACCGGUCCGCCGCGGCCGAGGUGGAACUGCGCGCUAAAGCAUAUGAAAGCAUCGGACUGCUGGCGGCGAUCAAACACACGCCGAGCACGGCCGAGCCAAGUGCCAAUGCCCGCCUGCUUGACCUCAUCGUCUGGCUCUUCACCAGUCUGCGCUGUGACACGACCCGGGACAUCAAAGGCAGCAUUGAAGAAGCCAUCGGGCGGGUCAUGAACACCGUCGCGGUCGCCGACCUCGAUCAAGCAUCCACUGCACGGUUGAAAGAUCUUCUGCUAUGGAACGUGCUUGCGAUGCCUGGCCAGGAAGACCCGAUCUACUUCCUGCCCACCGUGAACAGCACCAAGUACCCUGCCAUUCGGUUCGCCAAUAAAUGUCUGCCAUUCCACGACGUGGAUGCACGAUUCAUCGAUGUUCUGGCCCUUACUUCGUCAGACAGAAGAGAGGUUGCAGAAGAAGGCAGCCGAGGCCUCGACCCUUAUUGGCAUGCGUCCAAUGUGCGUAUGGCAGGGGCUCUAUCUGAUGAUCAGAGGGAUCUGGCUCUACCUGAUCUCGCUGCUGUGGUAAAUCGCUUCUUCAACUCAGAGCCCGAGCAAAUGAAGUGCUACGAUAGCCCCAGGGUUUUAGCAGCUGCGGUGACAUUCUGCCGGAAUGUCUUGAUCUGUGUUGCCUUGAAAGACACCCAACCUGCGCCGCAAGAAUCGGUGGAUUGGAAGCAGGCCAUUGAUGCGCUGGUCAGCAACGAUCGAGACGUCCGGCAGAAGAUUCGGGCUCGCUUGCGAACUCUGCCGGUGGCCGUCACCCUACCCCUUAUCAACGCGGCUGUGCUCGGGAUGGGCAGAGCUUCCGGCGAAUGCGCAGACUUGACGCUCGAAUUCAUGUCACUUGCACCAAACGACCUGAUACCCCACGUUCAGAAAGCUGCCCUUGAGGCUGCGUCGCAAAUUGCGGCAAAGUCGAUCCUACAAAAUCGAGCUGCUCGAGUGUUCGGUAUCGUAUCGUCCUUUGGGAACGAGGCUGAGACUAUUGCCAGUGCCGAGUUAAGUGAGAGUCGAGACUGGAAGUCAGCUGUCGGAGAGCACCUGGUCAAAGUCCAAGGUCAUAUACUUCGGGCUUGUUUCUGCCUCACGAGGAGAUCUCUCCGGGGUGGUCUGGACUACUCACACAGCACCUUGCAAGAAUUGACGCAGCUUACCUUUAGCAUCAUCAAAACCUCCACGGAUAAGUCUCUCAAGGAGACCGCAUACCGCUGUCUGCGGCAGCUCGCCUUGUGCACGCCCCCUGACAAAGGACCACAACCAGAUCAAGACUUACUGAACCACCUGAUCUCGGAUGGAAAGAAAGAGAGUGACACGGCGGUGUCCGCCGCCGGCCCCCUGCUUGCCAUCCUAAAUACGAGAGGCGCGGAGGCCGAGUCUGAGUUCCAAUCAUUCUUCAAUCGCUUCCUCGGCCUCUCUGAAGUCAGACGGCCAGAGUUCCACUUUGCACUGGGAGAGUCGCUCGCUGUUGCCUCUGCUGGAUUCAGUUCAUCAUCCACCAUGACCGAAUUUGACGUUGACGCCGACCUGCCGACCUGGGGCAUCAGCGAGACAUUGACGACGACCAUCAUUGACAGAGUGAUUGAGGAAUGCAAGACGACGAAACCCUCGCUGAAGAAGGCCGCAGCGAUCUGGCUCCUUUGUAUAGUCCAAUACUCCGGCGACCUCUCAGCAAUCAAAGCAAGACUGCGAGACUGUCAAGCUGCCUUUGCAAGGCUCCUCAACGACCGCGAUGAAAUCGUGCAGGAAACGGGGUCGCGAGGUCUCAGCGUGGUGUAUGAGCGUGGAGAUAAACAGCUUCGAGACGAUUUGGUACGAGACUUGGUUCAAACCUUCACAGGCAACAAUGCAAAAUUGUCGGGUACGGUCGAUGACGAUACCCAGCUAUUCGAAGCUGGCGCCCUGCCUACCGAGAAGGGAGAAUCCGUGACAACAUACAAAGACAUUGUCCGUCUCGCCACAGAAAUGGGCGAUCCCAGUUUGGUGUACAGAUUCAUGAACCUCGCUUCAAACAAUGCCAUUUGGAGCAGCCGAGCAGCAUUCGGUAGGUUUGGACUAGGUCGCGUCCUCGCCGACUCCACGUAUCUCACGGAGAACAGACGGUUCUAUCCCAAACUCUUCCGGUAUCGAUUUGACCCUAAUCCCAAUGUUCAACGGUCGAUGGAGGAGAUCUGGCGGGCGCUGGUCAAGGAUCCAACCCGGGUGAUCACCGAGAAUUUCGACCUCAUCAUGGAGGAUCUACUCAAGAGUGUCGUGUCUGGCAAAGAAUGGCGGGCUCGAGAAGCCAGCUGUGCUGCGAUCGCCGACCUUGUUCAGGGCCGCGAUGUCGAAAUGUUGGAGAAGUAUCUCGAUGAGAUCUGGAAAGUGGCCUUCAAGGUCCUGGACGAUGUCAAGGAAACCGUCCGGGUCGCUGCUAUGAAGCUGUGCAGGACACUCACGAGCAUGCUGAUCCGCAACCUGGAAGUGGGAGAAGGCAAUUCCAAACGGUCCGCAACCAUGCUCAACCAUGCCGUGCCGUUCCUGCUGCAGCAGAUGGAAGGCGGAGCAGGAAAAGAUGUUCAACAAUAUGCCGUGGUCACACUGCUUGAAGUGGUCAAGAAGAGUCCCCCCAAGUCCCUGCGCCCUUUUGCGCCGAUGGUGUUGGAAACACUGGUGGUUUCCCUCAGCUCGCUUGAGCACGAAAGUAUUAACUACCUGCACCUGAACGCCGACAAGUAUGGCAUGACGGCCGAAAAGCUGGACAAGAUGAGGGUUUCAAGCAUCAAUGCGUCGCCUGUUACCGAAGCCAUUGAGCGCUGUUUGGACAGUGUUACGAUGCAGCUGCCUCCGGACAACGGAGCCACCGACGCCAUGCUGGGGGUGGUGUCCACAUCCGAGCAUAAAGCAAGUGUCUCACCGAUGGAAGAUGCGAUGCAGAGGUUGGUGAAUGCGUACAGGGCGACUAUUGGACUUCCGUCAAAAGUCGGACUUAGCAGGGUGAUGACCACGCUUGUGGUCCGCCACCCAACCGCCUUUCGACCAUACGCCGACAGAUUCGUUCAGGUGACCAGGAAACAUAUUCUCGAUCGCAAUGCCACCAUUAGCAUUGCCUUUAGCACCUCCUUGGGGUAUCUGAUGAGACUGGCUUCUGAAAAGGAAGUCCAAGCCACGAGCAAGUAUGCCCAGAAGUUGUAUUUCGAAUCACAAGAAUUGGUCCAUCGGGCUGUGGCAGGGGAAAUCAUUCAAGCAAUCUCCAAGGCGGCAAACGACAUCUUCAUGAAUUUUGCUUCCGCGUUCCUCCCAUUCGCAUUCAUUGGACGUCGGGACACGGACAAAGAGGUGAGAGAACGAUUCGACGUACCCUGGAAAGAGAACAUCGGCGGCUCCCGAGCCAUCAACCUCUACCUACCGGAGAUAGUCGGAUUGAUAUCGAGCCACAUCAAGUCACCUUUGUGGCCCAUCAAACACGCUUGCUCUUUGGCAGUGGCUGAACUGGUGGCAUCAAUGGAGGUCCAGCAGACGUUCAGCGACAGAGAGGCUUCGCUGCUUUGGCCUAUAGUGCAGGAAGCCCUAGACGGGAAGACCUGGGACGGCAAGGAAGAAGUCAUCAAGGUGUAUCCGAAAUUUGUCAAGCAGGCUCGGCCGCUCUGGGCGGACUCCAAGACGACCCAACAAAUGAAGAAGAUCGCAGUUCGGGAGGCAAAAAGGACGAAUGUCACAUAUCGCCCUAACGCGAUUGAUGCGCUAGGAGAAUUCGCGGUCGUCCGAGAUGAUCUGGACCUGACCCACGAGGUGAUCCCCUAUUUGGCCGACCUGAUGGACGAGUUGACAGACGAGGAUGCCAUGGACGUCGACGAGGCUAGUGGCAAGUCCUUUGAAAAACGUCGUGCGGUUGAAGCUACUGCGAAGGCGAUCGUUUCGUGCUUGUUCAAAGUUUUGGCAACCCACGCGAGUGUCGACGUUCUGGAGCUAGCCAUCCGAACUGUGCAAAAGGCGCACGGCCUCCGGUCCAGCAGCCUUGAUUCUGCACUAUACGACAGCGCCAAAUUUUUCGUUCUGAAUGCGCUCCAAGAGGAAAAGAAAGCUGGUGUUGGCGGUGAGGUGGAAGGCUGUGAUGACAAUGACAGGGAAAAUGCCUCGACCACGCAUGACGCAGAUGGCGCAGCUGGCGCAGAUGGCGCUGGAUCGGCGGCGAUGGGGCUGGGCCAGGGGCAGGCUUCGGGGGGCGGCGCGGUGGGAAGAACUGGAACUGGGCGAACGGGCGGCCGCGGGUUUGAGCCAUUUGAGCCACUGUUGAUGGCGGUGCUCACCGCCGACUCGUCCCGCCAAGCCUCGGAAGUAGAGAGCCAGCGCAGAUCACGUGUGGGCCUUGCCCGGGCCCUGGCUGAGCGUGGCGUGCAGGAUCGGGCAGCCCUCACGGCGAUCCUGGACGGCUGGUUGCAGGCUGAACGGUCCAGACCUCUCCGCGAGGAGAUGGAGAGGGCUCGCCAGGCCCUUUUGUGA